CAUAAGCUGUUUGGGGCAAGAACUCUACAUGUUUCUGCAGUGUGCUCAUCCCACUUCUGGGUGUUGUAAAACAAAUCAUUGCAAUUCAUUGAGCCCACCAUGCUUUACUGAAGAGGACCGAUUCAGUCUGGAAGCUCUCCGCACAAUCCAUAAACAAAUGGAUGAUGACAAAGACGGUGGUAUUGAAGUAGAUGAAAGUGAUGAGUUUAUCAGGGAAGAUAUGAAAUAUAAGGAUGCAACUAAUAAACACAGUCAUCUGCAUAGAGAAGACAAACAUAUCACGGUUGAGGAUCUGUGGAAACGCUGGAAAACCUCUGAAGUUCACAACUGGACUCAGGAGGAGACUCUUCAGUGGUUGAUAGACUUUGUUGAACUUCCUCAGUAUGAGAAAAAUUUCAGAGACAGUAAUGUCAAAGGAACAACACUUCCCAGGAUAGCAGUAAAUGAACCUGCUUUUAUGAUCUCUCAUCUGAAAAUAACUGAUCGGAGCCACAGGCAGAAACUUCAGCUAAAAGCCUUGGACGUUGUCUUAUUUGGACCUCUCACACGCCCCCCUCACAACUGGAUAAAGGAUUUUGCACUAAUAAUUUCUAUAGUAAUUGGUUUUGGAGGCUGCUGGUUUGCAUAUACUCAGAACAGGACCUCAAGAGAACACAUCAUAAAAAUGAUGAAAGACUUAGAAAGCCUCCAAAAUGCAGAACAAAGCCUUCUUGACUUGCAAGAGAGGCUCGUAAAGGCACAGGAAGAAAAUAGAAAUGUUGCUGUAGAAAAGCAAAACCUGGAGCGCAAAAUGAUGGAUGAAAUCAGUGAUGCAAAACGGGAAGCACAGCGCCUGAGGGAGCUGAGGGAGGGAGCUGAAUGUGAACUGAGCAGGCUCAAGUAUGCAGAGGAAGAACUAGUACAGGUUCGAAUGGCUUUGAAGAAAGCUGAAAAAGAAUUUGAACUGAGAAGCAACUGGUCUGUUCCCGAUGCUCUGCAGAAAUGGCUCCAGUUAACACAUGAAGUGGAAGUGCAGUACUACAAUAUUAAAAGACAAAAUGCAGAAAUGCAGCUAUCUAUUGCUAAAGAUGAGGCAGAAAAAAUAAAAAAGAAGAGAAGCACUGUCUUUGGGACAUUGCAUGUUGCACACAGCUCUUCCUUAGAUGAGGUGGACCAUAAAAUCCUUGAAGCAAAAAAAGCACUCUCUGAACUGACAACAAGUUUGCGAGAGCGUCUUUAUCGAUGGCAGCAGAUUGAGAAGAUCUGUGGCUUUCAGAUAGCGCACAACUCAGGAUUACCGAGCCUGACCUCUUCUCUUUACUCUGAUCACAGUUGGGUAGUGAUGCCCCGAGUCUCCAUUCCGCCUUACCCAAUAGCUGGGGGAGUUGAUGACUUAGAUGAAGACACUCCUCCAAUAGUUUCACAGUUUCAUGGGUCCAUUGUAAAGCCUCCCAGCACCUUAGCAAGAAGCAGUAGUUUGUGUCGCUCGAGGCGCAGUGUUGUGCCAUCAUCUCCACAGUCGCAACAUACUCAAUAUACUCCGCAUACUUUGCACUCCCCUGACCCUGACAUCCUUUCAGUGUCAAGUUGCCCUGCUCUUUACCGUACUGAGGAAGAGGAAGAAGCUAUUUACUUCACUGCUGAUAAACAAUGGGAAGUACAGGAUACCAGUUCAGAAUGUGACUCCUUAAAUUCAUCCAUUGGAAGGAAGCAAUCUCCUCCUUCAAGUCUUGAAAUACACCAAACGCUUUCUCCUCAAAAGAUCUCCCGGGAGGAACUCUCACUAGAGGAAUCAUCCACAGGAGACUCCUCAUCUCUUACUGCAGAUAUUUCAAGGGGCUCUCCUGACUGUGUAGGCAUGACAGAAACUAAGAGCAUGAUAUUUAGCCCUGCAAGCAAAGUGUACAAUGGCAUCCUGGAGAAAUCUUGCAGCAUGAACCAGCUGUCUAGUGGGAUCCCAGUCCCAAAGCCUCGCCACACCUCAUGCUCCUCAGCCAGCAGCGAUUGCAAACCUGCUCAUGAGGCCUCCCCUGUCCCUCGAAUAAGUAGCAUCCCACAGGACCUAUGCCAGAAUGGUGAAAAAAACAAAAAGCCCUCCAAAAUAAAAAGCCUCUUUAAGAAGAAGUCCAAGUGAAUUGGGAAGGCAAAACCACACAGUGGCGUGAUUAGACAUUUCAUUUUUUAAAACUUUAGGGAGGUAGUUUCUUUGGGGCAUUCUAGACUGGAUGCCAUAGCAGGAAAGCUGUAUAGGUCAACUUUACUAUUUAAAUGACUCCAGUGUCAAAGAUCAUGCCAGCUGUCAAAUCAGAGAUCAUUAAAAUGUUCAGUCAGUUUA